UAUAAACAUUUUUAGUCAGAUUUUGGAUCAUUGAAUGUGUGGUUGCAUUUCGAAAUUGUUUGUCCUUUUUGUAUCCCGCUCGUUUAGGAGAAAAGUUGGAACAGUAGUGUGUCUACCGACAUUUUGAGGAUUGGUGGCAUGUUUACCCUAUUACAACACCAUCAAAAACGCUAAUACAACCCCGUUGGCCGAUGCCGGAGAUGGUAGGAUUCUACGGCCGACCGUCUAUACCAUUGUUGCCCGUCGUUCACCCCUCAUCGGAGGAUCUCGCGGUCAAAAAAUUGGUUUGCAGUCCCGACCUGCCGAUCCCCGCAUUUUCUGGUGACACCCAAGAAAAGACGACCGAGUCAGUCCGCUGUCCCGUCUGUCAGAAAAUGUACACGUCGAAGAGCGCUUUCCAGGCGCACCAACGCACCCACUCGAAGGACUCUGAGGACCCGUACAGGUGCAACAUUUGCGCGAAGACGUUCGCAGUGCCUGCGAGGUUGACCCGCCAUUACAGGACGCACACCGGCGAGAAACCGUUCCGGUGCGAGUUUUGCAACAAGAGCUUCAGCGUGAAGGAAAACCUGAGCGUGCACCGCAGGAUCCACACCAAGGAGCGUCCAUACAAGUGCGAGGUGUGCUCGAGGGCGUUCGAGCACUCCGGAAAGCUCCACCGACACAUGCGGAUACACACCGGGGAAAGACCGCACAAGUGCAACGUGUGCUCCAAGACGUUCAUACAGAGCGGGCAGCUGGUGAUCCACAUGAGGACACACACCGGCGAGAAACCCUACGUGUGCAACGUGUGCCAGAAGGGUUUCACGUGCAGCAAACAACUGAAGGUGCACUCGAGGACGCACACCGGCGAGAAGCCGUACUCGUGCGAGAUAUGCGGCAAGUCGUUCGGUUACAACCACGUGCUGAAGCUGCACCAGGUCGCCCACUUCGGCGAGAAGGUCUACAAGUGCACCAUCUGCAACGCGACGUUCAACUCGAAGAAGAGCAUGGAGGCGCACAUCAAGAGUCACUCGGAGAGUGCGCAGCAUCCGCCUCAGCCGCCGACGCCGCCCGCCUCCAACCCGUCGAGCGAGUCGUCGUGCUCGAGCACGAUCAGCGACAAGGAGAACCUGAAGAUGGGCGCCGCGACGCUGGAAGAAACGCGCGACGUCAACUAUUACGUUUACUCGCGGGGCGGUAUUUCGCCCACUUACCUUCAGACAAAUUACCCGAUUUCGUCGGCGGGGGUGGAGCUGUUGGCAGCGGCGGCGACGGCGCGCGAAUCCGUCGAAAUGUACGGCCCCAACAACCAGGACCUGGUGUUCAGCUUCGUGAAGACGACGCCGCAGGCGCUCGGCUACUUUCCCGCGCCGCACUGCGAUCCGCCGCUAUCCGCCGGAGACGAUAUCAGGAAACGCGUCGAAGAGGCUUUGGUGCUGGAAAACUACCCGGAAGAGGGCGCCAGGGUCGUGACGCCGCCGUUUUCGAAUCCCGCAUCGCCGUCGGCUUCGCCGCCCGCGUCUCCCGACCCGGAACUCAGCCUUCCGCCGAGGAAGCGGUCGAGGAUGAUCCAGAAAUCGAUGGAAGAGAGUUUAGACUUGUCCCCCGUGCGGUACAGCGUGAUUCAGUAUGCGCGUGCGUCGUAGAUGUUUAUUUUGCUCGUUCGGUGUAUUUCUGUCGUACUAUUUUUUUUUCUUCUGUGAUAAGAUUUUUGCGUCAACGUUUACCUCAUGGCAGUGCCUGCGUCUUUGCAAUACGUUGCGUUUGUGUGUGUUACAUAUUAUAUAACUAUUUGACUGCUAGCGUGCGAGUAUGCCUCAUUAUUAUUAUAACUAACCAAACCCGCGCCCACACGGCGUUUGGUGUAAUUUAGUGAAUAACUUUUGGUAUCAAAAAAAUAUUAAGUCCGCAAUCAAAGUAGGAUAAUCAAAGGGAACGCGAAAACUUCUGUUACGUUUUCUUCCAUCGAGGAUACGAUUUGCGUUUUCGCGAAGAUUUUGUUGUCCACCUAAAUUUAAUGUUGAAAAAUUAAAUUGCUAAUAAUGUACCGUAUAUCUAAGUCUGAACCGUUGCGGUUUUUUGAACAGCUGUCGUAUUCCUUAAAUAAUGUCGUCGUUGUACACUUAUCUUGGUAUAACUUAAACGGAGAAAACAAUAUAUCGUCUUAUAAAAAGAGUGUUUUUU